CUUAUUAUUUAAAUGUCAAAAUAAAAGUAAUGUGAGGUUAGGACUUAAAUUGAGAUUAAAUUUUCAACGUUUUUGUUAAAGAAUAACGAAAUUAAAAUGAAGAAAACGCCGUCGAGAAGUAUAAUAGUAGAUCGAUUACAUAAAGGUUUUGUAAUAACUUGUGUGGCAAUAACAUUGUACGGCGUGGGCCAUUUAGGAAUGAGAUGGUACAGAUAUUUUGCGGAAUUAAGACCGGCGGCGAAACAAAAGGAAUUAUUAGAGAAGCAAAAUUUGUUAGCGGAAGGGGCUUCGGACGUUUUAAAAGAUUCCGCUUUGGAAAUUAAGAUGUAAAAACGUUUAAUUUAUGUGUUAUUUUGUAACUUAGAAAAACUAACGGUAGUAAAUAAAUACAAGUUUAUGUUAUAA